GCCUACCACCUCAGUCUCUCCGGCCGGCCACUCACGCGAGGACCUGGUUCUGGCGCGGCCUAGUAGGCCUCGCGCAAGGCCUACCCCCUCCCCCCCGCCUUUUCCCGGUGGCGGCUGCGCAGGAGUCAAGGAGGGCGCGCGCGCGUUUUUGGCUUUCACCCCCACCAGUGACCAAAGACUUGACCACUCAAAGUCCAGCUCCCCAUAACACUGCUCGACAUGGACACCGGUGUGAUUGAAGGUGGAUUAAAUGUCACUCUCACCAUUCGGCUACUUAUGCAUGGAAAGGAAGUUGGCAGUAUCAUCGGAAAGAAAGGAGAAUCGGUUAAGAAGAUGCGCGAGGAGAGUGGUGCACGUAUCAAUAUCUCAGAAGGGAAUUGUCCUGAGAGAAUUAUCACUUUGGCUGGACCCACUAAUGCCAUCUUCAAAGCCUUUGCUAUGAUCAUUGACAAACUGGAAGAGGACAUCAGCAGCUCUAUGACCAAUAGCACAGCUGCCAGUAGACCCCCGGUCACUCUGAGGCUGGUGGUCCCUGCUAGUCAGUGUGGCUCUCUCAUUGGAAAAGGUGGUUGCAAGAUUAAGGAAAUACGAGAGAGUACAGGGGCUCAAGUCCAGGUGGCAGGGGAUAUGCUCCCCAAUUCAACUGAGCGGGCCAUCACUAUUGCUGGCAUUCCGCAAUCCAUCAUUGAGUGUGUCAAACAGAUCUGCGUGGUCAUGUUGGAGACUCUCUCCCAGUCCCCCCCGAAGGGCGUGACCAUCCCGUACCGGCCCAAGCCGUCAAGUUCUCCAGUCAUCUUUGCAGGUGGUCAGGACAGGUACAGCACAGGCAGCGACAGUGCGAGCUUUCCCCACACCACCCCGUCCAUGUGCCUCAACCCUGACCUGGAGGGACCACCUCUAGAGGCCUAUACCAUUCAAGGACAGUAUGCCAUUCCACAGCCAGAUUUGACCAAGCUGCACCAGUUGGCAAUGCAACAGUCUCAUUUUCCUAUGACGCAUGGCAACACUGGAUUCAGUGGCAUUGAAUCCAGCUCUCCAGAGGUGAAAGGCUAUUGGGCAGGUUUGGAUGCAUCUGCUCAGACUACUUCUCAUGAACUCACCAUUCCAAACGAUUUGAUUGGCUGCAUAAUCGGGCGUCAAGGCGCCAAAAUCAAUGAGAUCCGUCAGAUGUCUGGGGCGCAGAUCAAAAUUGCGAACCCAGUGGAAGGAUCUACCGAUAGGCAGGUUACCAUCACUGGAUCUGCUGCCAGCAUUAGCCUGGCUCAGUAUCUAAUCAACGUCAGUUUAGAAAACGCUAAACCCUCCUCCCAGGCAGCCUCCGUCACGAUCCCUGAUCACCUCAGCAUCAACCUCUCUCAACCCUCCACCCCUUCUUCUUCUUCUUCCUCCUCCACCACCACCCCCUCGCUCGCCACAGCGGGGACCUCCGACGCACCCUCCAGCCUCCCCAACCCUCUUCCGACCGCCCCUUGUGUCUCCAGUCUGCUUGGCAUGAAACCCAUCCCUCUCCUGGCUCUAAAUGUUGUGUCUGCUGCUAAGGGUACCGGGGCUUCAGCUGCCACCACCACCACCUCUGCGGUGCCGUGUGUAACUAACAAACUGAAAGGGGAGAAACAGAGGUUCUCCCCCUACUGAGUGCAUAUCUUGAGGCACCUUCCUCAAGUGUGUAUUGGUUCAUUUUGUUUUAUUUUGUUAACACUGGUGAGAACCAAAUUAUUGUGAGCUUGUGACCGUUUUCCUUUUACUACUUUGGGGUAUAUCUGGGUGGGGGUGGGGGCAAUGAUAACUCUUGUUUAGGUUUAGGCCAUUUCAGCUGAGUGCCUGUUUCAGAGUCUGACUUGUUGAAUUCUUUAUCUAGAGCCACAGUUUUUGCUCUUUCUCAUUCUGUUACCUUUUUUGUAGCUUUAUUCUGCCUUGCAAUAUAAUAAUGUGUUAGGCUCUGUGUUAAUGAAUAAAGGCUUCUCCGUUACCCCCCCCACCCUUUUUUAAUUAUUAAAUGGUUAAGCUAUCAGCAGGCCUUUGGCCAAAUUUGUGUUUCUAGCUGUAAUAAAGUUGCCACAGUAACAACCUUAGUUCACCGUGUGCUGUGACGUGUAAAGGGGUGGGAACUUGUGACCUGUGGCUAAUCCACUAGGAAGUCUAUACAACUGCAUUGGACUUUUGUGUCCCAGGUUAAUUAUAUAAAUCUUUGACAAUAUUGCCACAAAGAGGAAAGGGCUGUGGCAUUUUAGGUGUGAGAGUUCUUCAUAAUUAGCAAGGAUCUUCAUUAGUGAAGAAGAGUUUCUCAUAUCCCAUACCUUGCCAACAGCAGGUAACAAGGGUGUCUGUCUGAGGUAGUUAUCGUGAAGAUCUCUUCCAAGGCAUAUAUAUACAAAUCACUUAACUUCACGCAGAAUGGUGGGACAAGGUGGAGUAAUUCAAAGGCAGGCAGCUACUGUCUAGUUCCUGUGAAUGAGCAUUACCCUUCUUCCUGUGACAUUUGAAAGAUCUUGAACAACCAAUCUGUGACAUUGUCCAGAACUUGAAUAGGAUGCCGACUAAUCCUAAAUCAACUUCAAUUAGUCAUCUAAGUUCCUGUACCCUUCUGGUCUCUGCCUACCCUUCCUAUCUCCAACACUAUGAUAAGUAGGAAAUUAUAAGCUUAAAUUUGAAGCACCCUUGGGGAUCAAAUAAUUUGUAACUCAUUAGUCCUCUCAAAUAACGAAAAAAAAAAAGUCCCUAAGCAUUUAGAUUUGUGCCUUCCCUUUACUCAGUGUACUUCCCUGAGGUUAAUUCAUUUGUUUUUUGGUGCUUGGAUUUGAACACGGCUUGCAUUCUAUCACUGAGCUGCAUUCCUUGUUGCUUUUUCAUUUCCUUAUUCCAGGAUGCACACAAGUCUGAAAUGAUGGGCUGCGGGUAGCUCAGUGUUAGAAUGCUAGUUUGGCAUGUGCUAGGCCCUAGGUUCAAUUCACAGCAGUGCUCUACACAAACAAAAAACAGAACUCUAAAUGUAAAGGCAGGAGGCUUCCAAUUUUCUACAUAUUGCCAGGGUUUUGAAUAUAUAAUGUUCUUCCCCAGAGCAAUAGAGAAAAGAACUUGAUGAUGAGAGAUUUCUCCUUGAUGACCAUUUUCUAUGGUUGACAAUGACAAUGGUUGACAUUGCUUAAAAGAGACAAGAAACCUAGCUAUUCACAAGUAUUCCAGUAUUUUUCUCUGAUGUUAUCCCAGAUUGGGAAUAUGAAUUAGCAUUAUAUGCCCAUAUCAGCAUGAUGAAGGUUUGGAGGGACAAACUUGUGCUUAAUUGUCCAGGUAGAAGUUUUUGUGUUAGUUGCUCUUCCUUCUAUAGUUAGGGACUUAGCAUACUUAUAUCAUGAGGGCUUGGUCUUUUUUUGUUGUUGUUUUAAAUAGGAAGGCCUUUUAACCUAAUGAAUAUUCUUAAGAAGGAUUUCUGAGCAGCAGUUCAAUUAAGGGGCCUCCAAAGAUACUGGGUGUUAAAUUUUUUAAAAGCUUAGAGCUCCCCCAUGUGGUUCCAGAUUUCUUAAUAUAUUCUUUGCAGUGCUGAAGAUUGAACCACACGGCCUGCAUGCUAGGCAACCACCCUGCCACUGAGCUACAUCCCCAGCCCGCUGUGUAUUUCUUGUUCAAUUUUUUCCUGUCCCUGUCUCCUACAUCCCCAUCCCUGCAGAGUCCUGCUUAUGUUUGGUGUAAGUACUGGACAAUUCUUUUUGAUCACUGUAGGGCCAGAGUGCUACAACUUUUUUUUUUUUAAUGGUCCUAGAUUUAAACUGUGGGCCUUUGGUUCCCACAAAACCCUUUUAUUCAGGGCUUAUUGUUGACCUUGCCCUAGAUCUUUUCAAGAAUUAAAUAUUAUUCUUGAUGAGGUGAAGAGAUAAUUUCUGAUUUUAAAAAUAGUUUGUAGUUGAAGGACUCUCUAAUUUCCUGACCUUUGGUUUUCCCUUCUGGCUACUUUUGGCUAUGCCUUGUUGUAGAAGGGUUAUAGAUGUGAGUUGGCAAACUUUCUUGACCAGACACCACCAGUAGGUCAUGCUAGUCAAUUUAGAACCUUUUAUGAAAUUAUUUUUGAGAGUUAAGAUCACUUAUUCUUACAUAUUUAGUUCUGUUCACAGUGUAAGCUAAGUAUCUAAGCAAUAACCUAAUGAGGCUACUUUCAGAUAAUGUUUGUUUUUCAAAUGGCUAUAUUUUACUUAGCAGUUUGGGAGGAGGUAAAUAUGAGCAAUAAAGAAACAUUACUUCUGUGUAUCCAUGUCCUCCAAGAACAGUCUUUGUGGAGGAGCAUAUCUUCAGAAAAUCUAGAAGUUCUAGAGGGCACAGCUUGAGGAACGACACCAACAUUGUUUCUGUUCUGAGGUAGUUUGCCUGAGGAAGCUUAGAUUGAAAGUCCAUUAAAAAAAGGUCAUGGGCUGGGCAUGGUGGUGCACAUCUGUAAUCCCAGCAACUCAGGAAGCUAAGACAGGAGGAUCACAAGAUUGAGGCCAGCCUGGGCAGUUUAGUGGGGCCCCAAGCAAUUUACUGAGGCUGUCUUAAUUUAAAAAGGACUCAGAUGUAGCUCAGUGUUUAGAACCUCUGGGUUCAAGCCCCAGUAUAUCCCCACCCCACCUUAAAAAAAAAAAAAAAAAGUAUUACAGUUCUGGUUAAUCCAAGAAACUGAAGUGUGAUUACCUUCCCCUUCCUCCUCAGUCAGCCAGGCUGAACAUUCUAGAGGCGAGGUGCACCUGGGCACUGGGAAA